AACGUCAAAAGCACGUGUACUUUGUUUACAAGAUUUUUUACUUCUUUUAGCGUUAGAAUUUUGUUUAAUUUAUUUAUAAAAAUGGAUUUUGGAGAGCUGAAAAAGGACAAAGGUUUCGUGGAGAAAAUACAAAAUUUGGACAAGACGUUGGAGGAAGUGAAUUCAGCCGUUGAGAAAGCGUUAAAUGUAAAGGAAGAAGGAUUGACUCAGGAGGAGAAAGUAAAACUCGAUAUUUUUCUCUCCUACGCCCUCAAUUCUUUGUAUUUUAUUCAUCUGAAGCUUCAAGGGACAGAUGUUAGUCAACACACGGUGAAGCACGAACUAGCCCGAGUACGCGAGGCAAUGGUCCGCCAGAAGCAAAUUCACGACAAGAAGACACUGAUGCCACGCGUAAAUGUACCGGCGGCGAAGCGUUUUGUACGGCACAGCUUGUGGGAGGGAGGUGACAAGAAAAGUGACGCAGGUGGCAAUGAGAGUUCUCGCGGCGUGAAGCGUAAAGCUGAUCACUGAUGCCGUGCACGGUAGAGCUCUAUCGCCUUCUCCCUCACCUUACGCUUGAUCACUUUCCCGGAUGCCGUUAGUGGAAGUUUCUCCACAAAGUAGACACCACCACGGAGUUGCUUUGCAUCCGAAAGUGUUGCAGCAACAAGUUGGGUUAUGUCGUUCGCGGUGACAUUGGCACCCUCCCUGAGGACAACUAAGGCGGCCGGAAGGUCCGUAACGACGGGAUCGGGAAUCCCCACAACAGCCGCAUAUUCCACCUCCUCAAUGCGACAAAUAACAUUCUCGAUCUCAGAAGGUGAAACAUGGUGGUUGCAGUACUUCAGGAUAUCCUUGAGACGAUCCCCAAUAUGGAGAUCACCAUCGUUGUCCAUGUAGCCAAUAUCGCCUGAAUGUACAAACCCUUCGUCGUCGAUCAUCUCAUCUGUGGCCUUAGCGUUUGCAAUGUAACCCUGUAGGAAGACGUCAAGAACAUCCCGUUAACAACUGAUCAACGUAAGAGUUUGAAGGAGAAGCGAAGAAGAAGAAGAUUUGUGAUGUAAAAAUUAAAUUAAAAUAAAGAACUUACUAAGAAUC